AUGGAUCUCAUGAGCUCUCGAUUCAAGCUCGGUUUUGGAAACAAGCGCAAGAGUGGCUCCUCUCUCGCUCCUACAACCACCGCGACCAACACCCCCCCAAACGGGUCACCCUCGCAGCCCUCGCCGCCGCCAGGCAACACCUCCAACCCAAACGCCUCGUCCGCCAGUCUCCCCAUGAACCCGCAGAACCAUCUCGGCCGCCCGCCCAGCUACACAUACGCUCCCGGCGCCCCCAGGCCCGCCAGCCCGCUCCCGCCUGGCGGCCAGCAUCACCCGCAGCAGCUCGCCCACCACCCGCCGCCGCUGAACACGGGCGUGGGCGUACCAUACCCUACCGGAGGCGGCAUGUCCUCUGCUCCUCCGCCGCCAGGGUAUGGUGGCUACCCGCCUCAGUCGACUGGCCAGGGGCAUGGCAUCCCACAGCCCCUCGCGCCAUUUCGCGGCCAUACCGGGGAGCUCGACAACCAGGCGCGCAGCAAGGCCCAGCUGAUUGUCGGUAUUGAUUUUGGAACCACUUUCUCCGGUGUUGCUUAUGCCUUUGCUACCAAUACUGAGGCCAGGGAGGACAUUAUCACUGAGUGGCCUGGUGCUGGCACACAUACCAAACAGAAGAUACCUACCGUUCUAUACUACGACCAGUAUCAAAAAGUCGUAGGAUGGGGUCCUGAUAUCGCAGACGCACUCGCUCCCACCGGAUACCCCAAAGCAGGCGUACAGAAAGUCGAAUGGUUCAAGCUACAGCUCAUGUCCUCCGGUGGAAACACCUAUAUAGACCCCAUAAACCUGCCCCCGUUACCGCCAGGCAAAUCCGAGAUAGAUGUGGCCGCAGACUACCUCUUCCAUCUACGCGGGGCCAUGCGCAACCAGCUCCAGAAGACUCUGGGCGAAGUUUUCAACCGUGAAGAACGCAACAUCCGCUACUUCUUGACCGUCCCCGCCAUCUGGAACGAUGCUGGAAAAGCUGCUACCCGUGCGGCUGCCAUACAGGCCGGCUUCCUGCGCGAUGAAAAUGAUAAUCGUCUCACCUUGAUCACCGAGCCAGAGGCCGCAGCCAUGUUCUGUGCAAAGACAGGUUUACUCAAUCUCAAAAUCCAUGAUGCCAUCCUCAUCGUUGAUUGUGGUGGUGGUACAGUCGAUCUCAUCGCCUACGAAGUCGAUGAGGAGACCCCCUUCAGCGUCUGCGAGUGUACUGCUGGAUCCGGCGACAGCUGUGGUUCUACCGCGCUCAACCGUAAUUUCAGCAACAUCCUGCGCGCAAAGAUCCGAAAGAUGAAGCUGCCAGAUGGAUCACGUACGGCCGGGAAGGUAUAUGCCAAAUGCAUCAUGGACUUCGAGAACAGAAUCAAAGCCGAUUUCAGAAAUAACGGGCAGAAGUGGGCCGUUGAUGUUGGUAUCGAGGCUGAUUUCCCUGAAGCCGGCAUCGAAGAAGGCUACAUGACUUUCACCAAUGAAGAGAUUCUGCAGUGUUUUGAGCCCGUUGUUAAUCGCAUUUUGGAGCUGGUCAGGAACCAGAUCAUUGCCAUUCAGGCACAGAACAGACCACUACAGAAUGUCCUUGUUGUCGGUGGAUUCGGUGCAUCAGAGUAUCUUUUCCAACAGAUAAAACUCCACGUCCCUCCACAGUAUCAGUCCAAAGUCGUCCGCCCCAUGGAUUCCGUCGCCGCUAUCGUAAAGGGUGCAGUAACCGCCGGUAUCACAGAGCGUGUUGUUACCUCCCGCGUGGCUCGUAGACACUAUCUGAUGGCCACCCUGCAGCCGUUCAAGGAGGGUCACCACCCUGAACAGUACCGUGUCCCGUCCCUUGAUGGCAAGGAUAGAUGCAAGUACACGCGCCAGAUAUUCGUGCAAAAGGGCGAGCGUAUCAAGAACGGAGAGCCUGUCAAGGUCAGCUUCUUCAGACAGGUGGCGCCAGGAGCGACACUAAUGUACGAGGAUAUCUUAUACGCGUGCGAUGAGGAUGUUUGUCCCGAAUAUACAAAGGAUCCACGGAUCAAGGAAGUUGUCACCCUAACAUCUGACCUGUCUCGCAAAAACCUUGAAAAGGAUUUUGAACGCAUGGACACUCCUCAGGGUACUUUUUACCGAGUGUACUUCGACAUCUACCUCACUCUUGACGGCAGCGAGUUCAACGCUGAACUCGUCUGUCAAGGCGAAGUCAUGGGACGUUGUUCAGCAAGAUUCCGAUAA